AUGCUUCCUGCACUCAUACUCACUUAUCCAUUGCUGAUGCGCCGCGGCAUACUUUGGCAUCGGCCAUUACCACCAUGGUAUCAGAUCCUGUUUGAACUAGCUGGCUUUAUUAUUACAACUGAAGUUGUCUUUUAUUACAGCCAUCUUUUUCUUCAUCUGCCAGUGAUAUACGAACGGGUACACAAGCAACAUCAUUACUUUCGUGCACCGAUUGGCAUUGUUUCAGAAUAUUCUCAUCCGAUUGAAUUCAUCGUAUCCAGUAUGACAUCUGUCAUAGCAGGUCCUGUGUUAUUUCGUUCUCAUUUACUUACCACGUGGAUUUGGCUUUUGAUUGCUGUCGCAGGUACUAUAAAUCAUCAUUGUGGCUAUCUUAUACCCGGUAUACUUAGUACUGGUCUAGCCAAUCCCAGUUUUCAUGACUUUCAUCAUUCACAAUUUACAGCCAACUUCGGACUGUUAGGCAUACUCGAUCGUCUGCAUGGUACUGAUAAAGCAUGGCGAGCACAUAAGCAGAAAACAGAGAAACAGUAA